AUGGUUCACAAAGUUGUAGAGGUAGACACUUCAGAUGAAUCAAUAUUGUCAGAAGAGAAGGUGAAACAGUCUAAAUAUUUUCUUUUCCUUCUUACAGGUGCUGGCCAGAGGUCUGAUCAAUACAAAUGUGUCAGCAAAGGAGGAACCUGUAACUUUUCCCAUUGCCCACUCUUUAGCAGAAUUGAAGGCACGUGUUACAGUGGGAGAGCCAAGUGCUGCAUCUAUUCAUAG